AUGGCUAAAAUGAAAUUUGAUGAUGUCUUUGAAGGAGUAUAUAGUCUUCGUGAUUUUGAAGUUGCAGGACAAGAAAAAGAUCUACCCACCGAGAAGAUUGAAAAUAACUUGCGAAUAUUGAAGGGCAAUCUUAAAAAAAGUAAAGCUCGAUACAUCAAAUCUUUACAAAAAUGUGUAGGUAAGGUUAAAUCUUCAGAACUUUCAUGGCAUGAUCCACUUGCAAGUUAG